UACUCCUACAUGUAUGUGGUGGUUAAUCAUUGUACUGUUAGCUUCAACGGUUUAAGAUCUGGAUUUACCAGUUUGCCACUCAAGAAGAACUUUGACUUUUCAAAGGCUUCCAUUGUUGACUUGUUGGUAUUGGGUGUUUCGUUGUCACCGAUGAAACGCGAAUUUUGACUUUUUCUGGAAAUUGGACUACGAGAUUUGUAUACGAAGCUCGUGAAUCAACUGGGUCUUUUUUCAAAAGCAUGGUUUCAAUUUCCAUGAUCGAAAGUGCUUUUAGCAAAGUAAUUUGAUGGAAAGUUCGACCUUUGUUUGGAGCUGGAACUGAUUGGUGAUUGUAAAGAAGACUCAGCAGCCGCUGAUUUGGAGAGUAGUUUUGUCCCAAUUUGAUACAGAGAGAGAAAGAGAGAGAGAUUACAGAAAAGAUUCCUUCACGUGCAACUGCGAAGGUGGUAAUUAGACAAAUUCAAUCCUGUGUCUUCUGGAGAGAGAGAGAGAGAGAGAGAGAGAGAGAGAGAGAGAGAGAGAGAGAGAGAGAGAACUUUUCUGAGAAUGUUCAAUCAGUCGUUUGGUGGAAUCUAAUCACUUUUAGGGAGAUUGUGAAGGUAUCAGGGGAAUUCUGCGUUUUUUUUUGGCUGAUUAAGAAAAAUUAUCAGGGCAAUUCAGGGAGAGAGAGAGAGAGAGAGAGAGAGAGAGAGAGAGAUGGGGUCUUUCAUAGGGCAUGUUCUACCCGGGACAUUGUUUCUUCUGGUUGGGCUAUGGCAUGUUUGGAGCUCUGUCGUGCGCUACGCAUCGAACCCAAAGACGUUUAGGGUUAGGGUUUGGCAUCCUGUAACGGGUUGUAAUGGUAGGCUCAAGUACCUGGAGCUUUACAUUGUAGCAAUAGGGGCUUUCAUCGAUAUGUGUAUAGAGCUUUUGUAUUCAACCCACCUCAAGUUCUUUGUUAAUGGUGUGUUGAACCCUUCUCACAUGAACGAUUUCGAGCACUCCGGGAUGCUUCUCAUGUUCUUCAUCUUCGGUGUCAUCACCCUGCUAUCAGAAAAAACCAGCUUUCUCCCCAUGCCAGAAGGAGCUCUAUGCCUGAUUGCUGCCACAGCCUUUUGUGCAGAGUAUCUCCUGUUUUACUUCCACUCAACCAGCCACAAGGGCCUCGAGGGAUACUACCACCUCCUCAUUGUCCUCCUAAUAGCCCUUUGUGUCUUAUCCUCUGUCGCCGGCGCCCUCUUCCCAACCAGCUUCCCUGUUGAUUUGUGUUGUGGCAUUGCUAUAACACUCCAAGGCCUCUGGUUCUAUCAAACUGCAUUUACUCUUUACGGUUCCAUGAUGCCUGAGGGUUGUCAGCUCAAGAACAAUGAGAUUUCAUGCCAUUCAGCGGACUCUGAGGUUCGAGGCGAGUUACUUGCAAAUUUCCAGCUGUUUUCCAUGGUGCUUGGUGUACUUGUUGCUGUUGUAUCGUCAUAUAUUUUCGCAGCUUCUAGAUUUGGGCAUUCUGAUCUUAGGAGCUUGCACACGGCUGAGGAUCGGCCUGAUCACAUGAAAGUCUCAAAUCCGUUUGUCUUGGAAGGCUGAACCGAUUUUGGCACGAGGAACUCAAACAAGUUAAUCUGGUAACUAUGUUGCGAAGACGUGUUGAAUAGAGCCAAUCCUCAUUUAGUGAUCUUGAGAAUUUUGUAGUUGAUGCAACCAUUGGAUUAAAAAUGGGAUGUAUCCUGAGAACAUAUACAGCAGAUACCAAUAAUCUAAGUCGAAAGUUCAUUUUAUUUUA